CGGCCAUAUUUGCCGAGGAGCGCUCCUCCUCGCCUCCCCCGCGCAGUAAACAAGCCCAAAGUGUCGGGGAGCCACCGAGGCGCGCCGCGCCGGGCUCUUCUUCCCUCGACUGGCUGGCUGGCUGGCUGGGCGCCGCGCUCCCCUCCCUCCCUCCCGCCUCGCGGCAUGUCCUACAAGCCCAACUUGAACGCGGCGCACCUCGCGGCGGCUGCUCCGCUGAGCCAAGGUGGGAACGUCCACUCUCCAUCGACUAGCAUGGCGGGCUCUGGACAAUAUCGGCAGCUUAUCAAUGACUUCGGACCCCCCUCUCUAGGCUACACGCAAAGCGUGCAGGGUACUAGCAGCAGUCAAGUACCACAGAGCAAAUAUGCAGAACUCCUGGCUAUCAUAGAAGAAUUAGGAAAAGAAAUUAGGCCAACGUAUGCUGGAAGCAAAAGUGCCAUGGAGCGGCUAAAACGAGGCAUCAUUCACGCUCGUGGAUUAGUUCGGGAAUGCUUGGCAGAGACAGAGCGGAACGCGCGAUCCUAGUUCUCACCCUCCCGAGCAGCAAGGCUUCCCAUCUCUUUAUGAACAAGACAGAGAAUUCCUUUGGAGGCCACGGAAACGUUCAGACAAAUCUCUCAACUGGACUGUUCCCCCCCCCCGCCCUUUUUCAAGAAUGUGGGCUGGGACCCAAAGAGCGACUCGAGGCGCACCCACGAGCUUUGUGUGCUUUGAGUGACAGAUUUCCCUCCCUCCUCCCCGACCUGUCAUUGAAACUCCACUUUGUUUCAGAAGCAGUUCGACGUGCGGUGACAAAGGCAUCUCUGACAGAUGCAAAGUCCAAACCCCCCACCCACCCCCAGGUCAUAUGGAACUCGUGCAGUUCUUUGGAUCCUGGCCACUGUCAAGAAGAAUGAAAUUUUCUUCCUCUCUUUGAACAAGGAGAACUGGCAGCAUUUCGGUUCGACGCUCCCUGAAUUCAUUCGGAAGAUUUUCUAAAAAAAAAUAUUGCACUCUCUUUGCUUUUCUUCCAAUCUCAUUAUCUGUUUCUUAGUGCAUUUGUUUUCACGUUGCAUUCCAAGGAAGCCCCGAUGAUUCCUCAGGUGGGGGGGCGGCCAGAAACAGCAAUCUUCCGUUUGACCUUUUGAGUUGUUUUUGAUGGAAAAGCUGUGUCCGUGUCCCAUGAUCCUUUGCAGUGCAUCGGGAUUCCAUGGCACGUGCGGGGCCAGUGUGGAGUGAGUUCUUUGAAGCCAGCGUGGCAAACGCUCCUCUAAUCGCUCAUAUGUUCACCUUCUAAGGAUUUCAUGUUAAGGACAGAGAUAAUUCCCCCCCCCCCCCGCCCUUGCCAAUAAGCUUCCUAAUUCAUGUAGUCUGAUACAUAAACCAUAAACUGCAUUUAACAUUCCCCCACCUUUGUUUUCCCCACAUGACUGUUUGUAUUUCGGAAACCAUUUAAAAUGCAUGAGACAGAAUGCCGUCUGUUAGAUCCUAUAGGGGCCCAUGAUACUAACACUUGAUUUCUUCCAAGGUUUAAAACGGUAACUUUGCCAAAAAAAAAGGGGGGGGGGGGAAUCCCAAACAAGCGACUAAAACUUAUUUGCAUCUUUGUAUGUAUUUAUUACUUGAUGUAAUAAAGCUUAUUUUCAUUAA